GAUUGCUUCGUUUAUUUGGAUUCGGAUGUAGUACAAUAGUAGCGGAUUUACUCGCAAAAUACAGUGCACACAUUGAUCCUAUAAUAUUCGAUUCAAUUCAAAACAGAAUUUCAAGAAGAGUGUCGAGUAUGCGAUACAUGGAUCGAAAAUGGAAUUUGUGUCAGCUGAUUGCUGCUUUUUGUUUAUUGGCUUCAGUAUUGGCCGAUGAUCCUCAACCUAUAAGUGAAGAAGAGCUAAAUAAAUUAAUAGGGAGUAUAUUUAAUAUUCCAAGCAGCGAAACUCUGCCGCCAACCACAAACGAUAUUUCGACACAGCCCACAACACAAACAUCAUCACGUCCAUAUUCAUCAUAUCCAACAUCAGAUCCUCGUCCAUCACCAACGCAACCACAUCCAACACCACCAACAUCAAGUGAACCAAAUCCAUGUGAAUUGGGAAGCGAAUGCGUUCCAUAUUAUUUAUGUGCAAACGGGAGCAUCAUUACAAGCGGCGAAGGAAUUUUAGAUGUGAGAUUUGGCGAAGAAGACAAUCCAGAUCCAGUAUUUCAUCCGUGCAAAGGAUUAUUCAAAACAUGCUGUUCACUUACAACUGACGAACCGAACAUACCAAAAAUUCCAAAGAAAGAGGGAUGCGGUCACCGAAACAAUGACGGUGUCGGAUUUCGCAUAACGGGCCAAAAAGACAGUGAAGCACAAUACGGGGAAUUCCCGUGGAUGGUAGCCAUCAUCAAAGAAGAACCAUCACUACAAGAUGUAUUAAAUGUGUACCAAUGCGGUGGGUCAUUGCUACAUCCAUUGGUUGUAUUGACUGCAGCUCAUUGUGUGUAUGGAAAAAAGAUCUUAAAAAUUCGCGCCGGUGAAUGGGACACGCAGACCAGAGACGAGCUAUUUCUACACCAAGAUCGCAUAGUCAGCGAAAUUAUAAUACAUCAAGAUUAUUAUAAAGGCGGUUUAUUCAAUGAUGUUGCUUUGUUAGUACUCAAAGAACCGGUUGAAUUCAAUGAAAUUGUAAAUGCUAUAUGUCUGCCGCCACAAGAUUACAACUUCGAUGGAAACCGCUGUUAUGCAUCGGGAUGGGGAAAAGACGUAUGGGGAAAGGAAGGCAAAUAUCAAGUGAUAUUGAAAAAAAUCGAUUUACCAAUUGUUCCACGCUCACCGUGCGUCGAACGAUUACGUCAAACACGAUUGGGAAACCAUUUUAACUUACAUAAUUCAUUUAUUUGUGCUGGCGGUGAAAGAGGAAAAGACACUUGUAAAGGAGAUGGAGGAAGUCCACUUGUUUGUCCCAUUCCUGGCCAUCGGGAACGUUAUUUCCAAUCGGGCAUCGUGUCGUGGGGUAUAGGUUGCAAUGAGCAGAACCCAGGAGUUUAUGUGAAUGUGGCGCGAUUCAAAAGUUGGAUUGACGAACAAUUCCAAUAUAAAUCAUUAGACACCAGCUACUAUUCGAUUCUUGCCGAAUCAUUUGCAAUGAGAUUUUUGCUGAUUUUUACUACGGCCAUUGCCAUAUUUGGCGGUGUUGUUCGUUGUGAUGACGAUACAACAGCCACCACACUCAAUCCGAAUGAAAAGAUACAAACAACUGAAACUCUAUCAACGACCAUUGAGGAGAACAAUGGCGCUGUAAUCGAUGGAAACAACAACAGCAACAACGGUACUGCCAUCGGCAUUGAAACAAAGAUCGAUGCUGUUUCCGAUCCCAGCACCAGCAGUUCGUGUUCAUCAUGCACGGCUGAAGAUCCAUCAAAAAUAUCAAAUCCAUGUGAAGUGGGUGAAUGCGUCCCAUAUUAUUUGUGUUUAAAUGGGUCGAUCAUCACAAGUGGGGAGGGAAUAUUAGAUGUUAGACUUGGCGCCGAUGAUGAUCCAGAACCAGAACGUCAUCCAUGUCCCGAUUUCUUCGACACCUGUUGCAGCCUUCAAUCGGAAACCGGAAUUGUUAAAGAAAUCGUUAAGCCACCGCCACCAAUUGAACGUCAAGAUAAGUGUGGAAUUCGUAAUAAAAAGGGUGCUGUAUUCACUUUGAUCGAACGCGAAAAUGAAUCCCAAUUUGGCGAAUUCCCGUGGACUGUGGCCGUUAUUUAUAAAGUUCGUGAUAACAUGAAUGUGGUUAAUGUCUAUAAAUGUGGAGGCAGCUUAAUUCAUCCACAGGUGGUUAUGACGGCCAGUCAUUGUGUUAUCGAUUUACCCAAUGUUCAAGACAUUAUGAUCAGAGCGGGCGAAUGGGACACUCAAACGAAUGAUGAACCGUUUCCACAUCAGGAUCGAUCUAUAACCGAAGUUAUAAUACACGAACAUUAUCGUCGCGGAUCACAUUUCAAUGAUAUAGCUUUGUUGAUUUUGGAGAAACCGGUUGAAAUGGCUGAAAAUGUCAAUACAGCUUGCCUUCCGCCACAAGAUUUUGUGUUUGAUCAUCAACGUUGUUAUGCCACGGGAUGGGGCAAAGAUAAAUUCGGUAAAGAUGGACUUUAUCAGGUGAUUUUGAAACGAGUUGAAUUGCCAGUUGUUCCUAGCGAAGAGUGUCAAAAUAAAUUACGUGAAACUCGCCUCGGACGCCAUUUCGUAUUAGAUCCAAGUUUCAUUUGUGCCGGUGGUGAAAAGGGAAAGGACACGUGUCAAGGUGACGGUGGAUCACCGUUAAACUGUGAAAUCGCUGACAAUGAAUAUGGUCAAUACUAUUUAGCUGGAGAAGUUGCCUGGGGUAUCGGGUGUUUUGAUGCCAUUCCAGGUGUCUAUGUAAACGUAGCCAAAUAUCGUCAUUGGAUCGAUAAGUUGUUUGACGAACGAAAUUUUGAUAAAAAAUUCUACACAACAUUCUGAUCAUUUUAGCAACAAAACAAACUAAUAACAAAAAUACAUGCAUUUAACACAUCAAUUUUGAAUAACAAUUUUUAAAUUAAACUUUCUGAUUUGUUAUCGCUAAGAUUUUUUGAAAACAAAUUAGAAAUAUACAAAAUAGAAAUAAUAGUAAUUACGUUAGGUUCGGCAUUUUGAUCGAAUAUAUAUGUCAACUAUUG